CUUCGACGCAGUUGACACGAAUCGCGCGCGACUCGCUUUAGUGCCAUUCAGCAGGAGCAGAAAUCCUGAAGCCAAAGCCCCAGCAGGACAUCAGCUGUGUCAGCCAAAAAGGACACCAGCUGCAGGAUUAUAAUUAUUUGUGCAGUGUGCUAACUCAAAGCGAGCAGGUGACGGACUGCUAACUAAAAACAAAAAUACCCGAGUGGGUAAACUAACCAAAUUAACGAGAAAUAAAGUGCAAGCUCCGAGGAUAAUAAACUCGAAACGAUCGCCCAUCACGUGAGCUUCAGUGGUGUUUUUGGCCCAGAUACUCUGGCCAACAAUCCAAUCACAAUUUACUUGUGGCAACGGCAGGAAAACAGUGAUAAUUAGUUGUCCAGGCCAACAAAGACAAUAAAGACAAGGCAACAAGGGCAAUAAAAAUUAAUUAGAAAAUAUUUCACAUCAGACUGCCGCAAUUUGUCAAGGGAAAGCGCACAAAAGUGCGCAAUACAUGGGAGCUUGUGGUCCCUUCUCGCCCCACUUCUAAUUAGGAAAAAGAACUCUAGCACGCAGAAAAAACCUCGAAAAUAAACUGGAAAACUGCAAAAUUAAACAAAGCGGCAAAGCGACUAUGCAAAGUAUGUUGGCGCUUAACCAAAUGAAAACUUAAAGCGUACAAAAAGAAGAACCGGAAAGAGAGCAGUCUGCAACUCCAGUAAAUUUAAUAACAAAGCGGGAAAAGGCGGCGAACUCCGGAACACAGCAGCUCCACGUCAUUCGCGCCGAGCGCGGAACAAUGAAAAUAAUUUCGCGUAGCAUACGUACAGGCGACUUGGCCCCGCCCCCCACUGCCCCCGGCAUUAGGAAAAUCAGCCAGCGACGCAACCGCGCUCCGCUCAAAAUGAAUUGCCCCAUUCUGAUUGUAAUUAGCCUCGGAUGGCUGCUGCACGCGCACGCCGGAAGCGGCGGGUUCACCGUCGAGGCCGCCAUUUCAAAUCGAGGCAGCAACAGCCGCUCGAUGAGCAACGUUCAGCAGUCGGCGGUGGGAGCCUCCACGCUGACCGCCACCAUGCCGCGCUUCAUGUCCCGCGGACACACCUACCGCGCCGUCGUCGGGGACACGCUCGUCCUGCCCUGCCAGGUGGACAAUCUGGGCAAUUUCGUUCUUCUGUGGCGACGGGGAACAAAUGUGCUCACCGCCUCCAACAUUAUGGUUACAAGGGAUGAGCGCGUAAGACUGAUAGAUGGUUAUAAUUUGGAGAUAUCCGAUUUGGAGCCCCAAGACGCCGGGGAUUAUGUUUGUCAAAUCAGUGACAAAAUAAAUCGUGAUCAAGUGCACACAGUUGAGAUAUUGGUUCCGCCCAGUGUACGGGCCAUCCCGACGUCUGGACAACUGCAGGCCCGCAAAGGAGGACCCAUUACGCUGGAGUGCAAGGGAUCCGGUAAUCCGGUGCCAUCCAUUUACUGGACCAAGAAGAGCGGCGCAAACAAGUCCUCUGCCAGGAUUGGCGACGGACCCAUUUUGACCCUGGAGAAGCUGGAGCGCCAGCAGGCGGGCGUCUACCAAUGUACCGCCGACAACGGAGUGGGCGACCCGGUCACAGUCGACAUGCGGUUGGAUGUUCUAUAUCCCCCGGAUAUACAAGUGGAGAAGUCCUGGAUACACUCGGGCGAAGGAUUCGAGGCGAAGCUCGUUUGCAUUGUUUACGCUGAUCCAGUCGCAACGGUGUCCUGGUACCAGAACUCAUUUCCGAUCCAAUCGACCGACCGGCGCACCAUGAACACCAGGGCCAACCGGCACACACUGGCCAUCAAGCACAUCCAGCAGGAGGACUUUGGCAACUACAGCUGCGUGGCGGACAACUCGUUGGGAAGGUCCCGCAAGUACAUGGAACUCUCGGGAAGACCCGGACCCGCCGAGUUCUACUCACCUAAGUGGGGUCGUUCCACGGACAGUUACAAUCUGACAUGGAAAAUCGAUAGCUACCCGCCGCUGGAGGAGGUGCGUCUGCUCUACCGUCGAGUGCUGAUGAAUGAAUCGUACCAGCAGCCGGGCAGGUGGCACGACUUCAUCCUCACACCGGAGCAUCGACCGGCCUCGGAGCCCCUGACACACAUCAUGUCCUACACCAUCAAGAAUCUGCAUCCGGGCGCUUACUACGAAGCAAUAGUUCAGGCCAAGAAUCGCUACGGCUGGAAUGAGGUCAGCGAUAUAUUUCAAUUUAUCGUCGCCAACGUGAGCGACAUGAACGCCCCCGAGGACGCCGAGGUGAUGGCCAGCUCCAAGAGUCGCAACAACGCUGCUUCGGUCGGCAUCCCGCCAGGAUCCCUCUCGCAGAGCCUGCUCCUUCACACGGCGCUGCUCCUGGCCAUGGCCUUGAGUAAUUGUCAGUUCGACAGACGUCGACUGGGCCUGGGGUAAGCGGUUGCUUUUGCAGGAGAUCGGGAUCGGGACUCGGAUCAGGAUCAAGAGCAGGAAGAGCAGCACAAGCCGAGGGGAAUCGCUCACACCGAGAAGCAGAAGGAAGUUGGCGGGGAAGGAGAGAACCAUGAGCUGUAAAGUACAGAAAUCCAGAGAAAAUACCCGACUUUAUUGUGUUCACCUCCCGGCCAACCCGUUAACUUACCAAAGAGCAAGUGAAUCUAGCCCAAACUAAAAAAAACAGAUGAGAAACCAGAAAGCUGGGAGAAAGAAGUUAAGAACCCGUGUAAAUAAUUUUUCAAAAAGUUUUGUCCACGAUUAAAUUAGCACACACAUAAAACCGGAAAAUGGAAAAUGGUUAAUGGAAAUCGCAAUGCGAGAAUGCAAAUCCACUAUCCAAAUCCCACCCCACCCCACCCCCUCGUUCCAUCCCCAUGAUAGUGUAAGCCACUCGAACUAGGUCAUGUAAAUAAGCAUUAGAUAUCUGAAUGUGAACUGCAUUUUACUUCAUAAAUGUCGGGCUCGUGCUCGAUGCAGCAGGAUGUGUUUGUAAAUUAAGCAAACAUUAUAUAGUGAUAUUAUUUAGUUUCAAGCGUAAACCAUAAAUAACAAAAUAUUGAGAAUGAAAUAAAACACGAAACAAAAAACCACACCGCAAAACGUUAGAAUGUAAAGUAUUUGCCACAUUUGUGUUUCGAGUCCGUUUGACUGCCAUUCCUUCGAUUGCAGCUGUAGUUUUAUUUUAGCCAGUAAGCGCACCCAUAACCGAAAGGAUAACAACAAUGUAACACAGCAAUUCAAUGUAAUGUUUUUCGAUGUAAACUAGAGUUUAAGCAAACAUGUUGUACCACCAAAAACGAGCGACGAGCGAUGGAACUAAGCUAAUCCCCCAUUUGGAACAUUAGUCGGAGUAUUUGAAUGUGAAUUUUUGCAUACAUAUUAGCGGCACGUGAAUGUGAACGGUCACCAGUCACGAAUGUCAAUCUGUAAAUACAUGACUACGGUACUUAUUGAGUGUUACGAACCCAGCAGGCAUUUUAUCAGCUUUUGCACCUUUCCAAUUGUACGAUCUCCGCCGAGUCCGUACUGUUUCAUUUAGGGCACACAAUAGAGGUCGAAGCUCACUUGUAUAUUUUAUAGGCCGCGGCCCUCGAACUCGUCGCAUACAACUCCUGUAUUUAGAAUGUCAAGCGAGGGAAAUCGAAUCGGAAGCGGAAGCGGAAAAGCAGUCGGGAAAACCCAAGUAAAAGCGUUACAAUUUAUCUACAUAAAUGUGUAUGUGUGUGUACCUUACAUAGCCAGUUGAGUGCAGGAGGAAUCGGUGGCAUUACUACAGAUCUACAGAUUACACAGGUAGACGGGUCGCCAGAUGAACCCGCUCUAUGCUGGACCUACAUACAUACCAGUAUAAUUCAGAUAAACCAGACAUAGAUAAACACUCGGCAGUGCGUGUUCAUUAACAGUGAAUUCAUUAAUUACUAACUACAUAGUACGAUGCUAAUUGUAUGAUUAAUGCGCAUAAGAACCCUAAAAUAUUCAAGAAUAAAAUAAAGCAUUAGAUGUAAACUAAAA